UUAAGUGAAAAUUUUCUUUUUCUUCAAAGAUUGAUCUAUAUCAUUUGUAUAUUUAUUUUCUAUUUUAUUUGUGUUGUAAUUUGUAUUGAGUCAUUGUCAUUUAAAUUUUUAAACCAUUGACAUAUGUAACAAUUAUGAAAAUAUAUAUAUAAAGUAACAUUGGUAUUGUUUUCUUAUAUCUUAUGUAAAAUUAAUAAGUAUAUACUAAAGCAGCAAUUAGUAAAAUAUGCCUGGCUGUUUUUUUCAUGAACCAGUCCGCAUCCCAAUCGAUUUGAAUGAACAAUCGGAUACGCUUAAGGGUGCUGAAUAUAUCCAUAUUUCUAAAUUUUUCACGGAAAGUAAACAAGGGCACUUUAUAAGCUGUAUUCGAGAUGAUACGAAAACUCUCUAUGAUUCCUUUCGCAAAGGAGCAAAAGAGUCAAACAAUGGACCAUGUCUUGGAUGGCGUAUUGGAACGGGAAAAUUAUACCAAUGGUUGAAUUAUAAUGAAACUCUCCUUAGAGCUAGAAAUUUUGGAGCAGGGUUAAUUUCAGUCGGUCUUCAGCCGUGUGCACAAACCAUUGUAGGUCUUUAUAGCCAAAAUUGUUUAGAAUGGAUUCUUACUGAACAAGCUUGUUAUACUUACUCCUUAGUAGUGGUUCCAUUGUAUGAUACGUUGGGUCAAGAUUCGUGUUCUUACAUUAUUAAUCAAGCAGAUAUAGCAGUUGUGAUAUGUUAUGAUGAUAAGAAAUGUAACUUAUUACUAGAUAAAGCUCCACGGUGUCUUCGGAAAUUGGUUGUUAUUAAAGAAAUAAAGCAAGCUACACAACAAAGAGCAAAAAAUAGAGGCAUAGAAUUACUUCGAUUUGAAGAUGUUGAAAAACUCGGAUCUUUAUCCAAUUAUUCAGAUGUUCCACCAAAACCAAUGGAUCUCAGUACCAUUUGUUAUACUUCAGGCACUACCGGAAGUCCUAAAGGUGUUAUGUUAACGCAUCAAAACGUAAUGGCAGGUAUUUGUGCGGUGUUACAUCAAUUAGGUGACUACAAGCCAACGUCUAAAGAUGUAAUGAUAAGUUUUCUACCGCUGGCUCAUAUGUUAGAAAGAUGUUGUGAAAAUGCAAUGUUUAUGGUUGGUGGAGCUGUUGGGUUUUAUAGUGGUGAUAUCAAAAAAUUAACUGAUGAUAUGAAAGUGUUAAAGCCAACAGUGAUGCCGGCUGUUCCAAGAUUAUUGAAUCGACUAUACAAUAAGGUUCAACUAGAAUUGGAAAAUUCAUUUAUACGUCGAACAAUUUUCAAUAUUGCUAUCAGAGCAAAAGAAUCAGAUCUUAAAAAAGGAAUCAUUCGAAAAAAUUCUAUAUGGGAUGUACUAAUUUUUCGAAAUAUUCAAGAAGACAUGGGCGGUAGACUACGCUUAAUGCUCGUAGGAUCAGCACCUUUAGCAGGCAACAUUUUAACUUUCUCGAGAUGUGUUUUAGGUUGCCUCAUUGUAGAAGGAUAUGGUCAAACGGAAUGUUGUGCUCCUAUCACAUUAACGGUUCAGGGUGAUCAUAUAACAGAACAUGUGGGUCCACCGGUUGCAUGCUGUUGUGUGAAAUUAGUCGAUGUUCCUGAAAUGGAAUAUUUUGCAGUAAAUAAUCAAGGAGAAGUUUGCGUUAAAGGAACAAAUGUUUUUGCUGGGUAUUUUAAAGAUCCAGAUAAGACGGCUGAAACAAUAGAUCAAGAAGGUUGGCAUCAUACUGGCGAUGUCGGAAUGUGGUUAUCGAAUUAA